ACCCAUGCCCGAUGUUCGACACUGAUUGGUCGCGGAUGAUGUCACGUGAUUAAGAACGUGGCUCACAGCAGAAUCCGGAAAUAUUAGGAUUUAGGGGCCAACGGUAUCCAUCUUACCCCAUAGUACUGUAGUAUAAAUAUAAUUUCGGUUUAAAAAUGGCAAAAACAAAACCCGAAGUUAAACCUGAGAUUGCAACUGAUUCAACGAAUGUAACUCGUAAAAGAGCAAACGUGGAAGCGGCCGAUAAAGACGAUUUAAACAAUACAAAAGCAACGCCAAACAAGAAAAAGGCUGCAGUGUCUGCCAAAGGAAAAGUUACUCGUCAGAAAGAACAGAAACGAGAGAGGCGAGACGAUAGAUUAAGGGAAAAAAGAAAAAAAGAUAAUGUUCAAUCUUGCGUGAAGCAAGUUUGGUUGGCGAUACGACCGUUGUGCAGGCGACAUCCACUGGCCGUUAUAUUGUCGGUUGGUUUUGUUUUAAUUUCUGGAGCGCUCUAUUUUGCCUCGGAUUCGUUGGAUCAAAGAAAUCAAAUAAAACACCCGCCCGUUACUGAUAAGGUGACAUUAAAAAUAUCGGUGGAAGGCGGGAAAACAGGGGAACUGGUGUUUGGUUUAUAUGGAAAGUCGUGUCCGCUUACCGUGGAAAACUUUGUUAAAUUGGCAACCCAUGAGAAAGGAUACGGAUAUAAGGGCUCGAAGUUCUAUCUCUUGGUUCCAGGACAUAUGAUAAUGGGUGGCGACAUAAUAAAUAACAACGGUACGAGCGGACGGAGUGCAUUAGACGUUCCGUUUGAGAAUGAAAAUCUUAAGCUUCGCCACUUAUCGGCUGGUACAUUAGCUACUGUGGGUUUAAAGAAUAACUCGGACAGCAAGUUCAACUCUCAGUUUUACAUCACGUUCGGUCCUUCAACUUCAUUCGAUGGAACAAGUGUUGUAUUCGGGCGAGUGUUGGAAGGUUUAGAUUUCCUUGCCUACCUUGAGCGGCUUACUGUAACCAAAGAGAUGGCUCCUGUAAACGAUAUUGUUGUUGUGGAUGGUAGCCAUGAGAAGGCAAGCGGAUGACGUGUGUACAUACAAGUCAGGGUGCGGGAGGGGGGGGAUAUAUUAGGUUGGUGGGACUUGUAGCUACUUCAACAAGGAUCUCCAUUCAUGGAAUCUAACAUGUUCGGGUUACCGAAUAUAGAUGAUGUUUAUUGGUGCCGAGUUUUUGGACUUUGAUGGACAAUUGUUGCAUCAGCAAUUUUUAUGAACACCUAUUUUAAAGUUUGUUUGGCCUCAAACUUAACAUGACCUUGAAAAUGUAGUGCAUGAAUGUCCCUAAAUUUUUAAUUCUUGGUGUUAUGUGGGUUAUAUAUGCUUAUAAGGUAUACGUUUAACUGAUGCGGCAUUAUUACCAACAGUUGACCUGUUACUAUGUGUGUAUUUUUAUUAUUCAGGAUGUGGUAAUACCUUUUCCAAGUCAUAAAUAUAUUCAUGGUAACCCA